UCCCUUCAUACCCACCUAAUAAACCUCUUACAUAGAAGAUCGGUUGACAGCCUCAUUCUUUUAUUAAUCUAACAUUGGUGCCAUGACUUGGAUAGGGUCUCUCCUGGCUUUGCUAGGAUCCCUUUCGGACUCGUGAAAUCUAAUAGGAUGGUUUCAACCGAUUUUCUCUGCUCUAUCCCUAAAAACCCCUGCUUUCCCUGCUCUCAUGCGAACACUUGCUGUGGCAGUAGUGCAGUGCCCGCACUCCACUCCCGCUAUGGUGCCACCUGCCUGCGCCUGCCUGCGCCUGCCGCUCCCGCCUGCAGCGGCCAACAGCGAGACCCCACCCCAGCCAGUGCUCCAAGUUGCGGAGACUCACACAACUCUAAAAUCAGCUUUAAAAACUUGGCUCCCUGCUUUAGACUAGGCCACAACAACGAGCCUCAUUUCAAAUUGGUGGGACUCCUCCCCUUUCCCUGGUUUUGGGACUUCCUUUCCUGGCUACCAGACUGCUGUUUACUGCAUGCAACACUGGCUGGAUUGUGUCCUGCCAGACACAGAUGUUUCCUACAGCCACAACAGCGCCAAAGCAGCUACAGGUGUUCAACUCUGACCUCACAGACUUCCAACAAGCUGGACCUGCACCUUCCCUCCCAGCCAUGGGUGUUCUCACAGACCCUGGACAGCAUCAAAACAGCCUGUUCUUCCUGCACUUGGCCAAUAGGGAGGCCUUUUGACCUCCCCACAGCACCCCCAGUGUCAGCAGGAAGUAGCCAGAAGAGAAUCUAUGCCCAUUAUUCACUUGUUAUUAACAAAGGGCUGAAAUGGUGUGCUUCAGGACCAGGAUAAGCAGCUCCAGAUUCUCCCAGCAUUCCCCAGUCCCUACCUGCUGCCUUGCAUGGCUGGCAACUCUCUCUAUUGACAACUCUCUACCCUAAAUUUUCCAGGGCAGAGGCGUCCCUUACUCUUGACCUUGCAAUCUGACCAUUUUGUUGCUAUAAUUCUUCUCUCUCAACCCCUGCAUGACAACCAAGAGCUGCUUCCAAUGAACCUAAAUUAUAUACUUUAACUUACCUUAUAAAAAGCAGCCCAAGGUCCUCAUUUUUUAAUUACAGAAAAAGGGAGGAAUGUUAGUAUUUUGGAACACAACCUGCUGGAUUACCAGCAACUUAUGAUGUCAUCAUGUGUCACCGGCCAGGUGGCCACACCUGGAAGGCUUGGUUACCUUGCCCCUUAAAGGGACAACCCAACAUGUGGUUGCUCUCUUACUCUUACUCUCUCUUGCUUCUCUUGCUCCUCUCCCUCCCUUUCUCUCUCUCUCUCUCUCUCUCUCUCUCUCUCUCUCUCUCAGUGCUCCUUUCUCUCUCU